AUGCCCGACUCUUCAAACCCAACAGUCCAAGGCUCAGCGUAUCCGGCCAGCAGCGCGGCCUUCAGCACCAAGACCGACGAGGCAAAGAUAACAUCGUACAUGUGGUACAUCCACGUGACGGUGCGGGUGAACGCAGCAGACCGCCUGUGGGACAGGCUCGCCCACCUCCUGGGACAAGAAACAACGACAGCUACAACAACGGCAGAGACCCCCGCCUCACCACCAUACUCGCCUCAAUUCGACCUCGAAGGUAUCAUCGACGCCGGCAGCCGCACCGGAAGUGGAAGCAGCGGCACACUCGGCCGCAAAGGCAACGGCGCCGGCGCGGCGAGCGAGAUAGACGACCUCACAGACUACUUAGUCCUCCAGCUUUUCUCCCGGGGUAUUCUGGAGACGCUCGUCAACACCGCACCCAUCGAGGAGCACACGGACGGCUACGCCCGGGUCCUGGCAGGCGUCCCCGCGCACUUCCGCGAGGAGUUCUGCCGCCGGCUGUACUGCCUGCUCUUCAGCAGGUAUAUCUUGGAGUGGCCAUCAGGCAUCGCCGUGCCCGAGCCCGCCCCUGGUUCGAUCGCUGCUGCUGCCACCGACACUGCUGCGGCAGCUGCGAGCACUGGGUCUGGAGCUGUCGCGACGAGCACUAGCUCUGGGACGGCAGCGGGUGAGGGUAGGCGCAGCUCGGUCCAAGCCCCCAGGGAGGACGACAAGAAGGAUGAGUUGAUGUUCGACAUGGACGAGACCCUUACAAACUACGAUGGCGACGGCACUUUCGACGCCGAGAGCUCCAAGCGCCUCGUCAGCCCCGAACCGGCAAGCCCAGGCUACCAGUCCACACUCGGGCCCUCGAGCCCCUGGCCAGACACGCCCUCGCUCGGGUACAGCCCAGAGCUCGCGAGGGCUGCCUACUUCGGCACAGUGAACGCCCCGCUGCCGAUUCACUACCUGGGCGACUGCGGGCGCAGCAGCAAAAGCAGCAGGAGCAGGGACGACGGCCCCGCCCGAGCCGCAUACGCAGGAGCAGGAUCAUGCGCAGGAGCAGGAUCAUGCGCAGGAGCAGGCGCAGGCGCAAGCCAUGGCGCGAGGCUGCCGACGCCAUCGUGGAACCCACGCCACCCAGCCCCAGCCCCUCCGCACACCACCACCAUUCAGGACCGGCCGGCCUCGCUUCUGCGCUCGGCCCACGGCCGGGACCAACGGCAGGUCAGCCACACCGGCUCCUGCUGUCCCUGCCGUGUGAGGGAGGCUCGGUCGCACGGCGUGGGAGGACAACGAUAA